UGAGUGGAUGUGUAACAAGUUCUCUCUUUCUCUUAUGUUUCUCAUAACUCUUUUCCUCUCCCGCCAUGUGAAGCGUGAGGAUCUGGGACGCUUGUUUUUCUGCCCAUUCUGCUCUGGUGGUGAUGAUAUUCCUCUUUGCUCCCACAGGUGAUUCUUGAGAACCUGAUAGAAGACUGAAUGUUGUAACUAUGGUUACUUCAGGGUGGGGGGCAUUGGCCCUGUCCUCCUGUGGUCUCGUCCUGGUCAUCUGUUGGUCUACAUGUCUGUCCGAGCAGCCACAAAUCAAACCUGCAGAGUGCAGCAGAAAAGAACAUCCUGUUGCCUCCUACCAAGCACUGAGGUCAUGGGUUUCUGAGUUUUCUCAUCCAGGAGCAAAGGACUUCUCACAGCUGGCCAUGGACCUGAGCAGAAACCAGCUCAUUGUAGGAGCAAGAAACUUCCUUUUCCGGCUGAGUUUAAGCAACGUCUCCCUAAUGCAGGCAACAGCCUGGGCACCCAGUGAAGACACUAGGCGUUCAUGUCAGAGCAAGGGCAAAUCUGAGCAGUUGUGUUGCGUUUUUCUGCAGGAUGAAUGUCAAAACUAUAUCCGUGUUUUGCUGAUAAACCGGAGAACGCUCUUCACAUGUGGGACCAACGCUUUCACACCUGUCUGCAUAACCAGGCAGAUUUCUAACAUCAGUCAGGUGCUGGACACAGUGAACGGUGUUGCCCGCUGUCCCUACGACCCGCGGCAUAACUCCACCGCCAUGAUGACAGAGAAGGGCGAGUUGUAUGCUGCCACUGUGAUUGAUUUCUCUGGGCGUGACCCUGUCAUCUACAGGAGCCUGGGGAACAUGCCGCCACUGCGCACUGCCCAGUACAACUCUAAAUGGCUCAACGAGCCUCAUUUUGUCUCUGCUUAUGAGAUCGGCCGGUUCGCCUACUUCUUCCUGAGAGAAACCGCGGUUGAAAAUGACUGUGGGAAGAUGGUGUUCUCUCGAGUGGCGCGGGUCUGUAAGAACGACAUAGGCGGACGUUUUCUUUUAGAAGACACCUGGACCACCUUUAUGAAGGCCCGCCUUAACUGCUCUCGCUCCGGAGAGAUCCCCUUUUACUUCAAUGAGCUGCAGAGCACCUUCUACUUACCAGAGCAAGACCUGAUUUAUGGAGUCUUCACCACUAAUGUGAACAGUAUAUCAGCUUCUGCUGUGUGUGCCUUCAAUCUGAGCGCCAUCACCCUGGCUUUCAACGGACCUUUUCGCUACCAGGAGAAUCCUCGCACUGCUUGGCUCUCCACCCCAAACCCCAUACCCAAUUUUCAGUGUGGCACGCUAGAGGAGGACGGCCCAGGGCGAAACCUGACUGAGCGCAACCUCCAGGAUGCCCAGCGACUCUUCCUCAUGAGCGACGUGGUUCAACCAGUCACCAUCAACCCCCUGCUCACCCAGGACAACCUGCGCUUCUCCAAGCUGGUGGUGGACAUCGUGCAGGGCCGAGACGCUCUCUACCACGUCAUGUAUAUUGGCACUGAAUAUGGCACCAUCCUGAAAGCUCUUGCCACAACCAAUAAAAGCCUUCAUGGCUGCUACCUGGAGGAGCUCAGGAUCCUCCCAGAGGGGCAAGUGGGGACGAUAAAGAGUCUGCAAAUCCUUUACAACGACAGAUCCUUGUUUGUGGGGCUCAAUGACAGACUGGUGAAGAUCCCAUUAGAGCGCUGCUCCACCUAUCCAACCGAACGUGAAUGCAUGGGGGCUCGGGACCCUUAUUGUGGCUGGGAUCUAAAACAGAAGCGCUGCACCACCAUCGAGGAGAGCUCCAACAUGAACCAGUGGACCCAAAACAUCACCGAAUGCCCAGUGAGAAACCUGACACAGGAUGGCGGUUUUGGUCCGUGGGCACCGUGGCAACCUUGUAACCACGAUGAUGGCGAGGGCUUUUUCAGUAGCUGCCUGUGUCGGUCUCGCUUCUGUGAUGGACCAGUGGCCAGAUGUGGUGGGGCUGAAUGCAGAGGCCCGACCAUCCAGGUGGCAAACUGUUCAAGAAAUGGUGGCUGGACUCCCUGGUCUUCCUGGGGCCAGUGCAGCAGCAGCUGUGGCAUCGGAUUCGAGGUAAGGCAGCGAUCCUGCAACAACCCCUCGCCUCGCCACGGCGGUCGAAUAUGCGUCGGUCAGGGCCGGGAGGAAAGACUGUGCAAUGAGAAAAAGCCGUGUCCGCUGCCUGUGCUGUGGACAGCUUGGGGGCCCUGGGCUCACUGCAGUGCUGAAUGCGGAGGAGGGGUCCACUCUCGAACUAGAAACUGUGAGAAUGGGAAUAACUGUCCAGGAUGUGAAACGGAGUACAAGGCCUGUAACCUGGAGGCUUGCCCUGAGGUUCGUCGCAACACACCCUGGACCCCGUGGAUGCCAGUAAAUGUCAGUCAAGAUGGGUCAAGGCAAGAGCAAAGGUUCAGGUACACCUGUCGGGCGCUGCUGCAUGACCCCCAGCAGCUCCAGCUGGGCAGGAAGAAGCUGGAGACCCGUUUCUGCCCCAAUGAUGGCUCUGGAUCUUGCCAGACUGACUCUCUAGUUGAAGAUUUAGCAAAGACUAGCAGCCGAACUUUUUCCCAGCCUCAAGGUGCCCGAUGGGGAUCCUGGGAAACGUGGUCCAGCUGUUCCCAGCAGUGUUCUGGAGGGUUCAGAACCCGGAAGCGUAGCUGCUCUACGUCCGAGGGACGGACUAACCCGGGAGCCUGUGUAGGAUCCCCAGUGGAGUAUCAGGACUGCAACAUUCAGCCCUGUCCAGUGAGUGGAGUCUGGUCUUGCUGGUCCUCCUGGUCCCAGUGCUCGUCCAGCUGUGGUGGCGGGCACUAUCACCGGACCCGGACAUGCAACAGCCCACCCCCUGCAAAUGGAGGAGACAUCUGUAUAGGCCUGCAUACUGAAGAAGCCCUCUGUAAUACACACAUCUGUGAAGGUUGGGGUGAAUGGACGGACUGGGGGGAUUGUGAUGAGGAGGGCUUGCAACAUCGCACACAUCGAUGUGGUGAAGACCAGGAGGUCAACCUUUGCCAAGGCAACCUCACCCAGUCCAGGCCAUGCCAGCCUCAUGAGGUGCCAGUCAUUUUACACGGACAAGAGGAGCAGAGCUGUGGAACCUUUACUUUGUUCCAGUUGGUAGCUGUGGGUGCAGCCAGCUUCUUUGCAGCAGCCCUGCUGUCAGGACUGGCUUACUCAUACUGCCACAACAUGAACCGACCAUCAGUGGAGUCAGCAGUGAUCCACCCCAGCACACCCAACCACCUCACAUACACCAAGCAAGGCAAAGCCACACCAAAGAAUGAAAAGUACAUCCCCAUGGAGUUUAAGACGCUAAACAAAAACAAUCUUCACGUGAACGACGAGACGUGCAACCACUUCUCCUCCCCGCUGCCAUCCAGCAACAUGUUCACCACCACCUAUUACCCACCCUGUGUGAGCAAAUACGAUUUCCGUCCCGACUCCCCCUGCUACAUGCACAGCUGAGAAGAGACUGGAUUCCGACUCAAACUGAGCCUUUUUCUUCUCGUCACCUACAUGGAGCGUUUCUGAAUUCAGCGAAGGUUUUAAAUGGUCUGAAAGUAAACACCAAAAUCAUUCAUUUGCCAGUCUAAUUUUUAGGUGGGUUACUGGUGAGAUUGCCUGAAAUACACUUCAUCUGAAAUUUUGCUUGCUUAUAAAAACUGAGAAUAACUGUUUUAAAAAUAAGCAGCAUCUUCUUUUUUUUAGAGACUUUUUUAAAAUGCUGUUUAAUACACAGACCUGAAGGCAAGUGGAUCAUUUCUUUAGUAAAAAGUUCUUCCACUUAAGUAAAAUAAUCCCAAUAUUUGCAGUUUUCAUUAUAAAACUGCUAAAUCUUGAACAUCAAGUUUUCACUUUUGUAAGUCGGGUGCUGGAAGGUGAAAUUUCUGUCAAAAUUUGUUGCUCAGGCUCAGAAAAAAAAUGUUGAUCAGACGAAAUCCCAUAAGCUUGAUGAGCUUGAUGAGUAUAAAAGGGGAAUAUUCUCCAAAUUAAGGACUGGUUUUCUGGUUGCACAAACAAGCAGAUGCAUGCAAGACACAAAAGAUG